GGAAAGCGGAGCUCAACGAUCUUCAAUCUUCCCAUGUCCCUCUGCAAUUUUUUUUUUCUUUUCAUUCCCUUCGUCCACUUUCUUACGGACGAUCUCUUACUGAUUUUCCCGAGGAUCGGGUGCCAGUUUUAGAUGGAUAACGAAGCAGUUCAGCCAAAGCAAGAACGGACGAGAAGAAGGUGGACAGCUUCCCUUGAUAAGAUUUUUGCAGAUUUGGUUGUACAGCAGAUUCAACUGGGGAACAGAUCAAACAAUGUUUUUGACAAGAAAACGUGGAAUCACAUAUGUGAUGAAUUCAACAAGCAAACUGAUCUCAACUUCAACAAUAAUCAGUUGAGGAAGCACCUGGAUGUUCUGCGAACACGAUUUAAUAACCUGAAGUCAGUUUGUGAUCAAAAUGAGUUUUCAGUCAUGGAGGAAGCUUGCAGCAUUGGAUUUGAUCUAUGGGAAGACAUUGGGGCACAGCCUAGGCCUGAGCCAGUUAAAGUGAAGGAUUGUCCCAUAUAUGAGCAGCUAUGUACAAUAUUCACAGACUCAUCGGCUGAUGGAAAAUAUGCCCAAUCAAGUCACUUUGAGGGGUUGGACAAAUCAAUCAGAAAUGAUACUCCUGGCUUAAGUUCAUGCCCUGAGGCUGGAACAACAGUUUCUGAGAACCCAUCUAACUCAAAAUUAGCCCAAAGCACCCCAUUGUCAGAAAAAACUGGUAAGAAUGUUGCAGAUAGAAAAAGGAAAAGAUCAUCUGAGAUGCAACCUUUUUUGGAUCAGACCAGAAGUGAUUGGGAAAUGGCUGAGACACUGGCUGGAGCCUUGCUUGAAAUGGUUGCUGCUUGGAGGUCAAGAGCAGUUACUUCAACACAAAUUGAUGAGAGGUUUAGCAUAACAAAUUGCAUCAAAGGAUUGGAUGAGAUAGGAGAGAUUGAAAAUGGUCUAUAUUUUGCGGCCUUGGAUCUCUUCGAGGACCCCAACUUGAGGGAGACCUUUCUCUCCCUGAAAGGCGAUAGCUUACGGCUUGCAUGGUUGCAGGGAAAGUGUGGUAAACUUGCCUCAACCUUCUUUUAAAUUUGGGAUUGACUUAUCAGUUUUCUAGAAGUGUAAAGUACAUUAAGCUACUGUCCAUAAAUUUAGGUAAAAGAGUCUGUUAAUAUGGUGGCUGCAUAUAUAGUAAUGGACGAAAUGUUUUUAGUUAUGGCUUAUUAGCAACUUAGCUUUAUAGAAUUCAAGGCAUGCAUAAACCUUGUAAUUUUUGCAAAUAGAGUUCACAUUGUUCAUGUGCAUGUUGCUGGCAACGAAAUGCUAUGAUUUGUCGGCAAAAACCAAUAUUGAGCCCCUCACCUUAUAAAAGUGGGAUUAAAAGUUAGUUUUAGCCUGAAUUGCCUAUCAUUCCAAUUACCGUUGCGAUUACUUGUAAACUUUUUUAACACGAAGUACAUAUAAAAGUUUCAUAAAGAAACAAAUUACAAUCACUAAAAGGACAACCAUUGAUAUGCCUGUAAGAAUUCUUUGAUUAACAAUUUCCUCUUCAAAAUAUGAAAGAACAAUCACAAUUGGUCGAAGCACAAAGUUGUAAGAAAAUGGGGGGAUAAAAUUUUAAGAGAAGAUAAAAGAUGUUUUUACAG